UACUUAGUGACGGCAGUGGACGUCGUCGUCGUCGUCGGCUGUUCGGUAUUUUUAUUCCAUUUAGAGAAUUUAAUUUACCUGAUUAAAUGAACAUUUAAAAGACUGCACUGUUUGAACUUUAACGUACAUAUACUUCGACAUUUCUUUUAAAGAAAUCAUUUCGAGAAAGUCUGAGGACAGUUUCGGGCUAGUUGGUGUUUGACAAUCAGGUCAACCUUAAAUUGUUGUCUGCUUGUCUGAAGAUGGCCACAAAUUUAGAGGAAGAACAGACUCGAGAAUGUGAAGUUUACGUCCAAACUCACAACAUUCAACAACUGCUGAAGGACUGCAUUAUUCAGCUGUGUGUGACAAGACCGGACAACCCGAUCUCCUUCCUGAGGGAGUACUUCCAGAAGCUGGAAAGGGAGCAGGCCCACGAUGCCAAGCAGGCGGCCGUCUCGCCAGAGGACACGGAGGACCUGUCGCCGCUGCCCGCGCAAGGGGCGCAACCAGCCCGCCGCAGGGGGGGCAUAUCUGCGGAGCCAGUGUCGGAGGAGGACGCCACCAGUUAUGUCAAAAAGGUGGUGCCCAAGGACUACAAGACGAUGGCCGCCCUGAGCAAGGCCAUCGCCAAGAACGUGCUCUUCUCGCACUUGGACGAGAACGAGCGCUCCGACAUCUUCGACGCCAUGUUCCCCGUCAACUUCCUGCCGGGCGAGGCCAUCAUCCAGCAGGGCGACGAGGGAGACAACUUCUACGUCAUUGACCAAGGCGAAGUGGAGGUGUACGUCAACAACGAGUGCGUGACGACCAUCGGCGAGGGCGGCAGCUUCGGCGAGCUGGCGCUCAUCUACGGCACGCCGCGCGCCGCCACGGUGCGCGCCAAGACGGACGUCAAGCUGUGGGGCAUCGACCGCGACUCGUACCGGCGCAUCCUCAUGGGCUCCACCAUCCGCAAGCGCAAGAUGUACGAGGAGUUCCUGUCCAGAGUCUCCAUCCUAGAGAGCCUGGACAAGUGGGAGCGCCUGACGGUGGCCGACGCCCUGGAGCCCGUCUCCUUCUCGGACAAGGAGACCAUCGUGCGGCAGGGCGAGCCCGGCGACGACUUCUACAUCAUCGUGGAGGGCACGGCCAUGGUGCUGCAGUACCGCGCCGAGGGGGAGGACCCCGUCGAAGUCGGCCGUCUGGGACAGUCCGACUACUUCGGUGAAAUCGCGCUGCUGCUGGAUCGGCCGCGCGCUGCCACCGUCACUGCCAGGGGGCCCCUCAAGUGCGUCAAGCUGGAUCGCGCCAGGUUUGAGCGCGUGCUGGGCCCGUGUGCCGACAUCUUGAAGAGAAACAUCACUCAGUACAACAGCUUUGUGUCUCUGUCCGUGUAAUGCGUCACAGAGCUUGCCGGUUUGUACUUCAUUCAGACAUGUUACUGAAAAUUUCUGCCAAACUUCAAAAAAUUGUAGUCCUUGGGUUAAUUGGAGCUGUGCUCUGGACAAUUUCGUUUGAUGACAACCUAGUGCCACACACUGAUAGAAUCGUAUAAAUGAAAUACGUUGUCAUUUUGUGUCGUUUUUAUCCCCAAUGUUUGAAGAUCACUUUGUCCAUGUUUGAAUUCACAAUACCUUAACUGUCAUUAACUUGUGUCUUGUUCAAUGAGUGUAAAGACCAACAAAUAAGCAUAGUGACUAUGUGGGAAACUUUGUGGGAAAGAUAAUGUAAUUAAUAUUGGUUGUCAUAAGCAAUAUAAACAAGACCAAUGUCAUUAGUGACAGCCAGCUUCCCCACCAAAGCCACAUUAUUUGGAAAACUUCAAGACUGCUUGAAACAUGUAAACAGUCGUUGCUUCCUAAAGAACAUUGAUGAUGUGCUUUAGUGAAUAUCUAACUGUUUUUAGUCUAAACUAUAGUUUGUGUUUUGAUUGCAUUCAGUAGUGAUCUAAACUGUUUAUGAAGACGCUGUUGACUGAGCACAUUAAUAAUGUAUAAUGUGUUGAAGUGUUUUCAUUGAUGACCUAUUAUUACCUUGUGUGUUUGAUUAGAAGUGUCCAGGAGCUGUCUGGCUAUCUACUUGUACUUGACUGGUUAGAGGGCAAGCUCUGACCAACACUGAAAACAGUGAGCUUAUUGAAUCAAACUUGCACUCUGUGAAAAGAUGUUCUCACUCAUCCAAAUAGUCUAUAUCUCAUCUGUUUAAUAUUCUUCCAAUAGGAUGCAGGUACAGAUAGGAAUGCAUAAUAUUAUUCUGGCAUAUUUAAGAUGGCUUCUGGACAUGAAUCUUAAGUAUUGUGUACAGUUGUUGAUUGAUUUUUUUUCAUAUGUGUAUUUUACAUUAGAGAUGAUAUGUUUUUCCAACACUUUAAAAAACCAAACAAUACCUUCUAAUAGAGUCUUUUUUUUUCAUUUGAAUAAUCAAAUCAAAAUUUGGAAUUGGAGAAAUAUGUGUUGAGGUACUUUUAUCAGAUAUCAAGAAAUGUUCAAUACUGUUGUUGAUGCAACACAGUUUAUAUUUUGUUUAAUGUGGUUCACUAAGAUCUAAGCUUUAUUUCAAUUUUGCUUAUUUCAGUGUGUAAUGCUUCCCAUCAUUUCUUUAAUCUUCUUCAUUUUGUUUGUUUUUUGAAUUGUAAGAUUUUAAGUUUCUCUAACAAGAGUAAACUAGCUUUAAGACAAGGUUGGGUUUAAAUUAAUAGUAGUUUCUGUAGAUCUACUGUCCUGUAUGUGAUGGAGCAAUUGAAACAAGUCAUGUUUUAAUGUGAGAUAACGGAUCAAAUCAGAAAUGUCUUGCUGGCAAGUUUUUAUCUUCUGAUGAUCUAUUGACUUGGUUCUCUCAUCAAGUUAGUUCUAUAUUUCCACAAGGCCCUGCCGCACAGAGUGGAAGUGAAAAUGAAUCCUUUUUUGGGUCCCUAGUUGUUAGUUGGACUGUUUCAUUUAAUGAGAUACGACUUUCUUUUUGUGCCAAGAAAUCUUGUGUACUACAUGUUCUGUGCAAAUUUGACUGAUGUGCUGCAUAAACAUUAUUUCUUUCAUUCAUGAAUUAUGAGUAUAUUUGUAAGCCAACCAAACAGAAUUAUAACAAAACAUAACUCAAUCACAGAAUAUCUCCAAGACACAUUUCAUGUACGGAAAAUAUUAUUUUUAAGUGUUUCAUGUGUAAUCCUAAGUGGUUAAACUUGAACUACACCAUGCAUUGAUUGCCCUCCUCCCUUCUUUUACAAAUUAAUUUAUGGUGUGUUAUUUGAAAAAAAAAAAGAUUUUUAAAAACGC